GCAGCAUCCUGAGCGCGGGCGAGCCUGCUGACAUGACCGUGCCGUGCGCUGCCUUGGUCUUGGCUCUGGGACUCGCGCUAGGUCAUUCAAGCCAGGGAAAUGAUGAGGAUUCAGAAUACUCAGGACACAGCACCACAGAAGAAGACACCGCAGAGGAAGAGACGACAAGGGCUUUGGCUACAGUGACCACAGAAGCAUUAGCUGAAAGCGCGAAUUCUACCCACAUCCACGGCACCUCGAAUCAGGUGGAAUUUAUAUUAAUGGUGGCUGUCCCACUGGCUGCGCUGCUCAUCCUUCUGUUUGCGAUUCUCAUCGUGAUCUACUUUAAAAGCAGAAGACCCAAGCAGGAGCCUUCUAGCCAAGGAUCUCAAAGUGCCUUGCAGACACAUGAUCUAGGAGGCGAGACCUUGAAAGUCCCUAUUUUUGAAGAGGACACACCCUCCGUUAUGGAAAUAGAGAUGGAGGAGCUUGACAAAUGGAUGAACAGCAUGAACAGAAAUGCCAACUAUGAAUGUCUGCCUACUCUGAAGGAAGAAAAGGAGCCAAACCUCAGCCCAAGUGAUAAUGAAUCCUAAGUCCAAGUGGCGUUGACGUUUCCCAAGAGCAUACUCCCCGAGGGCACCUGCAGGGCCCACCAGAGAAGGAUGAAGAGGAGACAAGUUUAAUUAAUUUCAAAUCAGUGUAGACACAAGAACCUUUUAGUGUUUCUUCCACCAUCCCCUCUUCAGAUGAUGGCAUCCCCUGGACUUGGAAGAAUGAGGUACUGAAGUCUUGGAAAGGCCUGGCUGCCCGCCAGCCCACGCAUGAUGAAGAAAGAGCCCUGUGUGGUGCUGGCUUCGGACCUGUGGGUGUCCCUCCCCACUGCCUCCUCCUCGCUCAUUCUGGUCACCCUAAGAUCACAGCUCUGGUCUGCUUCAUUCUGAGGGUUUGAAUCAGGAAGCUGGUCUUCUGGGUCCAGGUCGCCUUACUGCCCACCAGGUUUGGAUAUUUUCUCACUGUUCAUGUCCUCUCAGGUCAACUCUAGUCAUCUGGAACUUUCCUCAAGGACGGUUGGGUUACAGAAAACAGGCCAAACAAAGCAGGCGUUUCAUAGCCACACCAUCCCAGGGACUCGUUAAGCUUGUUUCUCACCUGCUAAGAAAACACAAGGAAGUCCACAGGCCUCAUGGGAGAUCCUUGCACGACUCGUAGACUUGCACUCAGCCACAUCUCAGUCACUUUUGAAAACUUCCAGAAGAAACAGCAGUCUUUAAAGAGAGAAGCAACUUUUCCCUUCUCCGCUAAAGUCACCUCUACUUGCAACAUCUCAAAGCAGCUGAUCUUGUUUCAAGCCACAGGCCUGGCUUGUGCUGUGCGCGGGCUUGGAGUGCAGGCAGGUGGGGGUCAUGGGAGAUCUUCAAGGCUGAGCUAGAAGGACCUGUGCCUGUGGCAGCUCUGGCCCAUGGUGCUUUCUGGUCUGUGUGCUCUACAUCCAGCCUUUUCUGUAGGGCUGGGAAGAGUCUCCAAUGCUUAGCCCUCCAGGAGGUGGCUCCCAGGCCAUCAGAAAUGACAUUCUACAUGAAAUUAGUUGACAUCCAUGUACUAAAAACAAUGGAGUUAAAAAUGCAGAAAAACCCACUAACCUCUCCUCCUUAGUAAAGUCCCAUUUAAUCCUUCGUUUUCUAAUUCUGACCUUUAAAAGGCCAUCCAGCAAAUUGAGUCUCUGGUUCUCGUGGGAUGCUUGGUAUUUUAUUCCAGGAAAGAAACAAAGAAUGAAAAUUUUAUUUUGCUAACCACAUAUAAACUGAGGGGAGAUGAGGUUAACCAAACUUUUUGCUGCUGAAUUGGGGUUCUGUAUUUGAAAGGCUGCUCUCAUGCUCCACAGAGAGCCUUCUCUUGCCCCCUUGGGGCCUCUUUAAUGAGCUCUUGUCUUCUGAGAUAUGCAGAUAAUUUUAUAGACAGAGCCACAGGCUAGGGUGGUCUCUCUAUGCAGUAAAUGACCUGAAUCCAGGCUCUCCUACUGUCCUGGGACCGUGCAGUUCUCAGACAAAAGGCAGUUCAACAGUGUAUCCUCAAAAGAUUCGUUGUCCUGUCUCACUCUGUCAUGGACCCUGUGGACACUCACAAUGAAUUUAUAACCUGCCCUGACUCUCCCAGUCACCCGACAGCAGAUGGAGCCUUCUGAGUCACCACUCGCCUAGUCUGCCCAUGACUGCUACUUUAAAUUUGGUUCUCUUUCUGAAAAGUCUAGUUCCUUCUUUCUUGGGGUGUCUAAGAUCCCCGAUGACUACCAGGUUUUUGACCUUGAUCCACCCUGCCCAGUAUCAGACUUCAGAAUUUCUCAGAAGUGUAUGAGGUGUCGGACUGUUACUUUUGAUAAAGGCGUGUUUUGUGAGACGAUAACACGAUUCUCAUUCAGUGCAUCAAAUAACCUGGAAGUCCCAAAGAAACAAAUUUACCAGCACGCUGUUAAGUUUGCAUCUGAGAUCCGCAUUGGCUUUUCUAACUGCACAGAGACUUCCUGCAGAGCUAUAUGAGUUCUGACUCAUGCCAUCGGCAUGGCCCAAGCAGUCAAGUUAAGCCUACGAUUCUAUUCUUACUAUACGAUCAGAGCACAGCAUAUGUAUAUGUCAAUUCCAUGAAUUCUUAAAACAAAACCAUUUAUUUUUUUUUUACACUAUUGAUAGGAGAAAAACCCUCAGCAGUUUGCCUUAGCUGGAUAGCUACUCAGAACAAACCAGAUUUUAGAAUAAAGAUGGCCAUGGACUUUAUCUCCGAUGGUGAGUUGUUGGCCUAGCAUGCCCAGAGCUGGGUUUGACCCUAGCACUGUAUAAACUGGGCACUGUUGCAGGAAGAUCAUUCCUACAGGUUCAGGUUUAUCCGCAGAUACAUAGUGAGUUUAAGGUCAGGUCAGCCUGGAAUAGGUAAGACUGUGACUCCAAAAAAAAAGUUUUUAAGACACAUGCUUUGAUGUAUUUUUCUUUAAAGCAAGGUAGGUUGACGGCGUUGCUUAGCUGGACUUCUUCAGAAACUUGUUUCAAUAAACAUGUUUUAAAAAAUCCA